AACACACCCAUCCCCUGGGCUGGUGGUUGGCAGGAGCACAAGCCAGUGGUCAGAUGCCACAUCCGGCCCGCGUUGUGCUUUUCGUUGCUUUGGUCGAGACCACCCAAAGUGGAGUGCAACUCAGGAGCUGAGAGGCCGAGUCGUGCUGGCAGGAUGGGAAAUUGUCUCCUGAGAAAAGUCCGGCAGGAAGCGACUCCAGUUGAGAGAGAAAAUCGAAGUCAAGAUAAGAAAAGUAAAGAAGUUUCAUCCACUUCUAAUCAGGGAGCUCAGCACAGUGCGGGUUCUGACGAAGUGUGCUACACCAUCAUCAGCCACAGGCCCUCCUUGAGCUCCAGCGAAGGUGGCUACGAGAACAUCGACGCUGUCACAAAGAGAGUGAAAGCCCAGAACGAAGAGCCAGAAACCGAAUACACGCUCCUGAGGGCCAUGCGCACCUCCAGGCGGCCCUCCUACACCCUCGAGCACGAUUAUGAACUUGUGCUGCCCCAGUAGGCCCCUCGCACCCCAUUAUGGCCUCUGGGGAGGUCUCUCGACGCUCAGCUCACAGAACACCCACUUCGCCAGGGUUGAGAAAUGGUACCCUUCUACCACGCGGCCUUGGGAGACCCUUCAACAUGGCCCCACUGAGUCUGUGCGAAGCCAGGUACUGUGACACUAUAAAGUGUUCUCCGCCUUUUUGUCUGUGAGGUUUGAGGAUGUGGAGAUGGUGGGGCACCUUUCUAGGACAAUAAUCACCCACCGGUAUGUGACCCAGAACAUGCCAUUCCAAUCACUGUCUCCAAAUUUCAAAUGCCAACAUUUUCAUUCCUAAGUAUAUAUUUUAUUUCUGAUGUGUAAACUGCUCAAUAAACUUUUAAAAUAUAAGGCCAGUGAUGAGAUCCUUUGCUAAGCUGAUACUUCCGUUUUGCCUUUUCUAUGUGUGUGAAAUUUUAUUUGUGGUAAUGUUUCAAGAAUCGACAGUGAUUGGUAACUGGGUUUCGUGAGAAGAGAAGCUGAGCAUGCCAUUCAUUGAAAAAGAAGUGCCUCAGGCUUAGCUGUCUGCUGUCUUUCUUUCAAUAGUAAAUAGAAUGAUUUUGUUCAUAUAUCAGUAAAAAACAAAAGUGACCUUGUACGUGUAGCUCUGCUCACAAUGUACUGGGGAAUUAAUUACCCAGGAACUACCUAUGGUUAGUUACUUCUGCUAAAGAAGGAGUCAUGUCU